AUGGGGUUGAUACGGAGCGGCCCGUUCCCGUCACGAGGACCACACCCGACACUGGACAAGUUCCCGAGUCCGUUGUUUUUCAACUUCUGCCAGGCGAUAGCGUCCGCGACUUGCGCCGCUGUGUAUCUCCUGGUGAAAGCCUGGAGCGCGGGCAGCAAGGAGAGCGUGCUGUCCAUUCUCGGCAUCACGCGGCUGGUGGACGGAGUCAAGGAGGUGAUCGACGCGAACCGACCGAAAAGUGGUAACACGACACCCGAGCUCACUAGUGGAGACGAGAAGCAGGCCGUGCUGGCCAACGGCAACGGCAAUGGCCACGGAGUGGCGAAGAAGUCGCUAGCGAACGGCAUCGCCGCACAGCGCCCCUGGUACCAGUCACUGCCUGCACUGCUGCUACAGGUAUCGCUCUUCCAGACGACAGCGGGCCCGAUAGGCUUCCUCGCCCUCCGUCACAUCUCCUAUCCCAUGAUGGUUCUUGGCAAGAGCUGUAAGCUGAUCCCGGUGCUCCUCUUGAAUGUGCUUCUGUACCGGAGAAGGUUCGGUCGGCAGAAGUACGUCGUCGUCGGUCUCGUGACGCUCGGCAUCUCGCUCUUCAUGCUGAACGGGAAGAAGAAGGGUGGUGGCGAGAACUCGGCGUACGGUCUCCUGCUCCUGCUCGUGAACCUGCUCAUCGAUGGUCUCACGAACUCGACGCAGGACCAGCUUUUCGCCCUCUACCCCGGCUACUCGGGACAGCAGAUGAUGUUCAUUAUGGCGUCGAUCACGGUGUGCGUGCUCUCGCUCCCAAUGCUGAUCCCGAUGCCAGCCGCGCCGUUGAUGGCAUCUGGACACGGUCUGGCUUCGGCGUUCACCGCGCCUGUCGCCCUCCGCUCGCUGCACUUCCUCGCCACACACCCCUCGGCCCUCGCCCCGCUCGCAGCGUAUGCCGCGCUGGGCGGUCUCGGACAGAUCUUCAUCUUCGAGACGAUCAGCCACUUCGGCUCCCUCACCCUCGUCAUGGUCACCGUUACACGGAAACUGUUCACGAUGCUCCUCUCCGUGUUCGUGUUCGGACAUAAGCUGAGCUUGGGUCAGUGGGCGGGUGUCGCCGUCGUGUUCGCUGGCAUCGGUGUCGAGGCCGGGUGGAAGCGGAGGGAGGCAAUGAAGCGAGCGAAGCGAGACUAA